UAUAAGAACAGAGGAGCCACAUUCACCUCACAGCACAGAUCUUCUGUCUAUAAUCUGCACAGUCUUCUGCUCAGGACAAGGCAAACAUGGUUUCUCUCAGGGUUUCUUGGAUCUGUGUGCUGUUGAUCAGCAGUGCUUAUUGCUUUCCUAAACCUGAAGACCACACUGCUCCCAGAGGCUUCAGUGGUGAUGCUGCUCCUAGAACAUCCCCUCUUUUUCCAGGCUCACAGGCUGCUCUGAUGGACCAGCAGUAUGGCCAAUCUGCUGGCUAUCAGCAGCCUUCCCAGCAGUCCGGCGCUCCCACUGGAAACCAGUCCCCAUCCGGUGUGGGAGGUCCCAGUGUGGUCCUAGGCACGUCACCAACUUAUGAUCCAAGCAGGAUCACAAGCAAACCUGCCAGCACUGGAAGCUUUUCUGUGCAGCAUCAACCUGCUGGUGGUGCAGCAUCUGGCCCAGUCUAUGCAGCUCCAGCAUGGGCUCCUGCUGCUCCAGCAUGGACUGGCUAUGGUUAUGGAUCUUCUAAUGCCAAUGCAAACACUGGUCCAGCAACUUAUUACACAGCUGACACCAGCAGCUAUGGUUCUUACGACGCUGCUCCUGAAACCUCCAGCUAUGGUUCUGAUUCUGCUCCUGGCCUUCCUUGGGUUGAACAGCCAAUUGAAACCUCGUUCUCCGACCCCAGCAACUGGCUGCCACGAGGUGAUUUCCCAGACUUCAGCGUCUGGGGGUCUAAUGCCAACUCCAAGAUGUCCAAGACCGCUGAGAGUGAGGAGGAGACUUCCCCCAUACCGUCUUCAACCUACAUCAUCCAGUCCAGAAACGGCUACCUGCGAGGACUGGAAUACAGGUCCCACACUAACUACGCCCCAGAGGACCCGGAACCACUAGUGUUUGUCGCUGAGCCCGUCAGAGCACCUCGACCAGCUGCUCCUUCCAAAGGAGGAAAGAAAUAUUGAGGUGAACCUGCUGGUGCUUCAGCUUUUAGGGACUGUUGCAUGUUUGAGUCAUAAUAAAAUGAAAAUAUGAAGACUA